CAGAUUUCGUCUUCCAUAGUUUCCCAGCUACAUGCAGUUAUUCAAACAACAAGUUACGGGAACCUCGCCCCGAAAACGCCAGAGGGCAAAGUGGUGACUAUGUUGUACGCCCUCGUUGGGGUUCCCCUCAUGCUUCUCUGUCUGUCCAACCUCGGCACGGUACUGGCUGGAACGUUUCAGUUUGCGUACUCCCACGCGUGCUGCUACGCAUGCGCGAAGAACCAACACCAGCGGCAGAAACUGACAGAAGUUGAGCACAACCAGCAUUGCCAACAUCAAUGCAAGAGUGUGAACCAAGGUCCCCAGUUCAUUAACACUUACGAGAAGGCCAAAACUGUCUCAGAGCUCCCAAAGAAGGUGGCCCCUCCUGUAGUUCCAUCUGUCCACAUUUCGGUUGUUGGUCGGGGUCCCAGAAUACAGAACCGACCUCGAGCCACCGCAAGACCCCUGACUCCUGAGGUCCGUAAGAUCCUGACAGAAUGCGCGGAGUAUUCACUGGCUCAGGCGUCAGACCCUGCAGCUGCUAAACUUCUGCAGGAGCUGCAGCAACAGGAUCCGGAAGUGGGGAAUGUCAAUGGAACAGAUGAUGUUGCAGAGAAAGAAGAGGAAGAUGAUGAAGAAGAGGAGGAGGAGGACGAUGAUGAUGAAGAGGAGGAGGAAGAAGAUCUCGAAGAUGGGGAACACGAGCGAAGGUGUGCUACAGCCCAAGACACUCCAUCACGCGUGCCUCUCAUCUGGCGGUCCCCAGGUGACCAACAUCGGCCCCCAACGCCACCACCCCGCUGCCCAGAACUUGACAGCAGUUCUACGACACCGGAAGGUGCCAGGGUACCUGUAUCCCUCGUCCUCCUCGUCCUGGCUGGCUACAUAUGCCUUGGGGCCACAGUGUUCGCGGCCUGGGAAGAGUGGAGCUUCCUGGAUGGAGCCUACUUUUGCUUCAUCACCCUCUCCACCAUUGGUUUUGGAGAUCUGGUUCCUGGCAAGUCGUUCCAGAGAGCCGACACACAGAACGGACAACUCCAGCUGGUGGCCUGUUGUGCUUACCUGCUUCUGGGCCUUGUUCUUAUCGCCAUGUCUUUCACUUUGGUUCAAGAAGAAGUGUUAGCUAAGUGCAGACAGAUAGCGCUUUCCAUAGGUAUUCUCAAACGCACCGACCCUCGCUGAACAAAUGUGAACCAACACACAACAAUGAAUUGUAAUACCCUGUCCUGUGACAUUUUACUUUUGUGUCAGUGUAUGGACCCCACAUAUCUGGGACUUCCUGUCCUUAUUUCAGCGCGUUUUGUUGACAGUGGCUUCUCUGCUGCUGUACAGUUCGUUGCUUGAACCAUCCGCCUCUGAUAGUGUUCAGGAAGUAUAAAAAUGUUUUGUAUAUAAGGGACUGGUCCUUGCGAGUCAGGUCUUGUGGCAAGGACACAAGUUCAUAAGGCGACUAAGAUCUGUCCUAAAAAUUACUUUUUGACACACACAAUGUGAUAAUAUUACGAACAAUUAUAGAGAGUAGUUGCAUCAUUAUGUUGUACUAUGGGAGAGAUCUAUGUAUUAGGGCCAUAGGCUAAUAUUUCUGUCAGUCAACAUGUUAAAGUUGCAGUUUCAAACUCCCAUAUCUCCUACUAGUUGUUUCUGUGCCUAAUGAAACCGGUAAGUCAGCAGCUGUUCGAAUAAAUGGUAUUGGGCGGUACACUACGUGUUGAGCUUCAGCUACUGGCAACAGAUACACUGAGUUGAGAUGUUGAGAGGUGCGGAAAACGCAAUUGCACUAAGAAAGGGCACCACCACGGAAGGCAGCAUGUGUCCACGGAUCCCUAUGUAUUGCGUCCAGGCAGGCAAUGUGUUGCAACAGCAGGACCCACUGCACUGACAACAUAACCAGUUCCAAUUAUAACAGUGCUUGUGAUGGCUACACUCACCCAGCAGCAGAUCAUGAGGCACCAGGGAUCACCAGAAAUGGAGGAUUUCUCAUCAUCGCAGGAGCAGUCAACAAGUGAGCUCAGCGUGGUCACCACGCCUUGUUUGGACCCACAAUUUCAGGAGAAGCAGAACUGAAGCCACCGAGCCGAAAGCUGCUUGAGAUUGUGACAGUUGCUCAGCUUGUCGAAUUCCUCAACUUUUAAGUAUUGAUGAAUGGAUGGAUUGAUCAGUGCUUAUUUAAUGAUGCUUGAGGCUAAAUUGCUAGAAAGUUAGAUGUUCAAAUGCAUGUAAUGUG